UACCCACUUCAUCUUCCAUAAAUUCCUAUAUAAUCCCCCAUCGCAUUCACUUCUCAAUUCACUCUCCUCGUUGCUCCCAAUCGCUUGACGUGCCUCAUACUCCACCGCCGGGUUCUGCCGUCUCCCGCCGGAACCGACCCCAUUUUGUCCUCUUUCGCCGGAACCUGCUCGUAAGAAGAUGAGGGAGAUUCUCCACGUUCAAGGUGGUCAGUGUGGUAACCAGAUCGGAUCCAAGUUUUGGGAAGUGUUGUGUGAUGAACAUGGCAUAGAUCCUACUGGCCGAUACACUGGAACCUCUGAUUUGCAACUUGAACGUGUCAAUGUGUAUUACAAUGAGGCUUCUUGUGGGCGUUAUGUCCCUCGUGCUGUGCUCAUGGAUCUGGAGCCUGGUACCAUGGACAGUGUGAGGACAGGUCCUUAUGGACAAAUCUUCAGGCCGGACAAUUUCGUUUUUGGGCAAUCUGGGGCUGGUAAUAACUGGGCCAAGGGGCAUUACACAGAAGGAGCAGAACUCAUUGAUGCUGUGCUCGACGUCGUGAGAAAGGAAGCCGAGAAUUGUGAUUGCCUUCAAGGUUUCCAAGUGUGCCAUUCACUUGGUGGAGGCACCGGUUCUGGAAUGGGGACUCUUCUGAUUUCCAAAAUCAGGGAAGAAUAUCCAGACAGGAUGUUGCUUACUUUCUCCGUCUUCCCUUCGCCGAAAGUGUCUGAUACAGUCGUCGAGCCAUACAAUGCCACACUUUCCGUUCAUCAGCUCGUCGAGAAUGCGGAUGAGUGCAUGGUGCUGGACAAUGAAGCAUUAUAUGAUAUUUGCUUCAGGACUCUUAAGUUAACUACUCCUAGCUUUGGGGAUCUGAACCAUUUAAUUUCUGCUACAAUGAGUGGGGUGACAUGCUGUCUGAGAUUUCCUGGCCAGCUUAACUCUGACCUGAGAAAACUUGCUGUGAAUCUAAUUCCCUUCCCUCGUCUACACUUCUUUAUGGUGGGAUUUGCUCCUCUUACCUCACGCGGGUCGCAGCUAUAUCGGGCGCUGACCGUCCCUGAGUUGACACAGCAAAUGUGGGAUUCUAAAAACAUGAUGUGUGCUGCAGACCCUCGCCAUGGCCGAUACCUCACGGCCUCUGCCAUGUUCAGGGGGAAGAUGAGUACUAAAGAAGUUGAUGAACAGAUGAUCAAUGUUCAAAACAAGAACUCGUCAUACUUUGUGGAAUGGAUUCCAAACAAUGUUAAAUCCAGCGUUUGUGACAUUGCUCCUAAAGGACUUUCCAUGGCGUCGACCUUCAUCGGAAACUCAACCUCGAUUCAGGAAAUGUUCAGGCGUGUGAGCGAGCAGUUCACUGCCAUGUUCAGGAGGAAGGCUUUCUUGCACUGGUACACUGGAGAAGGAAUGGAUGAAAUGGAGUUCACUGAGGCAGAAAGCAACAUGAACGAUCUCGUUUCCGAGUAUCAGCAGUACCAGGACGCCACAGCUGAUGAGGAGGAGUAUUACGACGAGGAAGACGAGGAGGCUGAACACGAGUAACUUCACUUCUCUGUGAGUAAUCUGUUUCUGUUUCGAUAUACAUAUGCUAUUCGUGUUGAGAACAAGUUCUAUGCUUCCUGUGAUGGGUGUUUCAUUUCUUCUUCUCAUCUGUUGUUUGAGUAUGUUAUUUUGUAAUGUUAUGAGUUAUAAGCUGUUGAGUAAUUAAAUGAGGAGUAUCUGUGUUUCUACGAGUUUUCACCUCAGGAUUAUGAAUUGAUGGUUUAAUAUGAACUCAGUGAAUCAGUUCCUCCA